AUGAAGCAAGCAUGGCACUUCCCCCCAUCCUUAUUCCUCAAUUUGAUGCAUGUCUGUCUGGUUCAGGCAAAUUAUGCACCCUAUUUCUUUGACAACGGCGCCAGCAGCACUAACGGGAACAUGGCUCUCCUUAGCCUUUCAGAAGACACCGCUGUGGGGACACAUGUUUACACACUAAAUGGAACCGAUCCUGAAGGGGAUCCAGUAACCUAUGGCUUGGCCUUCGAAGCUGGGUCAAAACACUACUUUGUUGUUGAUGAAAACUAUGGAAAUGUUACACUAACCGAGGAGCUCGACCGAGAGAGAGAAGAUGAGAUUGAAGUAAUAGUCAGCAUUUCUGAUGGCUUAAGCACAGUGGCUGAAAAGGUCAGAAUCCUUGUAACCGAUGCGAAUGACGAGAGCCCAGAAUUUAUCAACACGCCUUACAUAGUGCAAGUCCUGGAGAGCACACCCUCAGGAAGCAGCAUCUUCAAAAUUGAAGCAGUCGACAGAGACACGGGCUCAGGGGGGAGUAUUACCUACUUUCUACAGAAUAUCCAUACAAACAAGUUUACUAUAGAUCGUCACAGCGGAGUCCUUCGCAUCAAAACAGGGAUCACUCUUGACUAUGAAAAAUCAAGAACUUAUUUUGUUACUGUGGUGGCAAAGGAUGGUGGCGGCAAGCUUCGUGGGAACAACAAGGUGUUUUCAGCCACUACUACAGUCACUAUCAACGUGGAAGAUGUUCAGGACACAUCCCCAAUGUUUGUUGGAACUCCUUACUAUGGUUAUGUCUACGAGGACACUUUGGCUGGUUCUGAGGUAAUAACAGUUGUUGCCAUUGAUGGAGACCGAGGGAAGCCUAACGACAUUCACUACCACCUUGUGAAUGGAAGUGAAGGGUCAUUUGAAAUAAAUAAUGUGACAGGAGCCAUUUCUGUUACUAAAAGUCCAAGUCAUCUGAAGAAAGAAGUCUAUGAACUGAAAAUUCAGGCCUCCGAAAUCAAUCCAGAGGGUGAUCUGACUGCCCAUGCCUUUGCCUUCGUAACCAUAAGAAUUGUGGACCUAAACAAUCACCCCCCUACCUUCUAUGGAGAAAAUGGGCCCCAAAACCGUUUUGAACUCACAAUGUAUGAGCAUCCACCAGAGGGAGAGAUCCUGCGGGGACUCAAGAUUACAGUCAACGAUUCAGAUCAGGGAGCGAACGCUAAAUUCAACCUCCGCCUUGUUGGGCCCGGUGGCAUUUUCCGGGUUGUCCCCCAGACUGUCCUAAAUGAAGCCCAAGUCACAAUAAUUGUUGAAAAUUCUGUUGCCAUUGACUAUGAAAAGUUCCAGGUGUUAACUUUCAAGCUUCUUGCAAUCGAAGUUAACACUCCUGAGAAGUUCAGCUCCACUGCUGAUAUUGUAAUCCGGCUCUUGGACACCAACGAUAAUGUUCCAAAGUUCUCCUCUGAUUACUACAUUGCUAGAAUUCCAGAGAAUUCCCCUGGUGGUUCCAACGUAGUGGCUGUAACAGCAACAGACCCCGAUUCAGGCCUUUGGGGUGAAAUGAAAUACUCCAUAUAUGGAACUGGAUCAGAUCUAUUCCUGAUCCACCCUUCCACUGGCAUCAUCUACACUCAGCCAUGGGCUAUGUUAGAUGCAGAGGUCACUUCCAAGUACAACUUCUAUGUGAAGGCAGAAGAUACAGAAGGGAAGUACAGCUUGGCUGAAGUAUUUAUUACUGUUCUAGAUGUAAAUGACCAUUCCCCAGAGUUCAACGAGAACAUCCAGGAGAAAACCAUGAUAAUUGGCUCUCCAGUGAAAGUGGAAGCAAUAGACCAAGAUGCUGAAGAACCAAAUAACAUAGUUGACUACUCUAUUAUGCAAGCAGAUCCAGCCAAUGUGUUUGAUAUCGACCAAAGCACUGGGGAAAUAAAGCUGAAAUCCUACAUAAGAUCCUUGGACAUCAUUCACAACAUCACCAAUAACAAAGACUGCAUAUGGUCAGUGGUGGUCCAAGCCAAAGAUCGGGGCUCUCCUUCAUUUAGUACUACAGCUGUCCUGAAGAUUGAUAUCACAGAAGAGAUCAAAUCAAGAACUCUUCACAAAGGGCCCAUGGCUGCCUUUUUGAUGCAAACAAAAGAUAACCCCAUGAAAGCCUUAGGAGUUCUAGCUGGCAUCAUGGGAGUGAUGGUGCUGCUCACCAUCUUGAUCUCUACCGCCAUGUUCUGGCGCAAUAAAAGGUCCAACAAAGUCAUGCCAGUGCGACGGAUCAUUAAAAAAAGACAGAACUAUCAACCCAGACUGGUCAGGAUGGAGUGGCUGAAAUUCAAGAGAUCCAGCAAUGCUGCUGAGAAGUUUGCAGUUGAAGAGGACGCCAAGAGCCUGCAAAAUGAGAACAGCAAUAACAACUUCCAGGUGCCACCUCCACCUCCACCUGUUGCUCCAGCCCUCCCUCUGGCACCGGCGCUCAAGACUAAUGCCCCUGAAUGGAGAGUGUCCACAAUAUCAGGCUCUCUGAGCCCCAAAAUUAGGAGCAAGGAGAAGAAAAAGGGCACUGUUUGCACGUCCCACACUGCCCUCGUGUCAGAGCUCAAGCAGAAGUUUGAAAUGAGAAAUGCUGCCCUCAGUCACCCACAAGUUUAG